AUGACGAAUAGAAAACUUAUUGAUGACAUAAAAGAUGCUUUUUUGAAUCAAGAUAAAUCUGAUACAGAUGUCAAUGUAUUUUAUAUACAGAAACUUAAAAGAAUAUUCAAAGAAAACCAAAUCCUCCGAGCAAUUCCUCCUAAUCAGCGGCAUGAAGUAUGAUAUAAAUAGCUAUGCGCAAAUAUGACCCUCCAUGAAUAUCACAUUCUUGAUACUUGUAUAUCAGAAAAAGAUAAAAAACCUGAUUUUUUUAUUGCAGUUUCUGGAAAAUUAUCGUCUAAAAAUAAAGACCGUCAAGAAAUCAUCCAUGAGCCUUUUGGCCUUUUUGGAUAUACUAAGCCGCUUAACGGAAUAUCCUAUAUACCAGGUAGAGUUAUAUCAAAAGAGCACUCAUAUGUAAUUUCAAUCCCUAGACAAAUAGUGAAAGCCGAAAUGGAAAAAAUUAAUAAAUUCCAAGAAAGCAUCAAAGUCCUUGAUUUUCUUGUCAAAACAGUUCCUGGCCUCAGGCAGCUUGGUCAUGCUAGCAAAGAGAGAAUAUUAAAGUUAUUUGAAAUAUGCACAUUUAAAAACGGUGAUACAAUUCUGCAAGAAGGAGUUCAUGCUACUCAUGCAUUUAUAAUAGAAGAAGGUCAAUGCAGACAAGUGUCAGCUGGCAAUUCAAGCAGACCUUCAACAAGUAGAGCAAGAGGGCUGAUAUCCAAAACUACAAGUACUUAUAAUUUCGGGCUCGUUAUGCCUGGUCAAUGAAUAGGUGAAGAUUCAGUUCUACUGAAUAAACCAAUGGACUUAUCAGUUAUAGCUGCGACUGUUGUAAAAGCAUUGAAAAUUUCAAAAGAAAAAUUCCUUGAAGGGCUCACUAGAGAUACGCAGCAUGCAUUAAAAGAAAAUCUUAUAAAGAAGCUUGAAUGGCGAGAACAUAGGAAAAGUGAUAUUUCUCAGACAAUUUAUAGUACCUUAUUUAUAGAUAAUUUCACCGAAACUAUAAAUGCCCAAGAACAAAUUGAAAAAAAUUAUCCAACAGCGUCAAAAAUGGCUCUUACAAGCAUCCAGCGAAGAGAAGCAGCAAAAUCUGAUGGUGGGCUACACCCUCUUCUUAAUAGUUCUUAUUCGAAUAAAGUUUAUGCACGAACUCCAAGCCCCGAGCCAGAGGCGAAAAAUUUGUCGCCUAAAAGGGCUUCAUUUGAAAAGUCUUAUCCAAACCAAGGAAAAGCAAGAUCUCAGUCUUCAGACUUAACGACUAGAAGAGUGUCUUAUCAAAACAUCAAGCCUGGAGCUCAAAGUAAUGUUUUUUCUAGCCAGCAGUUAGCAGUGUCUAAUUUAGGGCAUAUAAGGAAGCCUAAAGUGAGGCUUCAUUCAGCGGCUACACUUGGAAGGUCAUUAGUCCCAACUUUUCCUGAAAAAAAGUUUAAUAGAAUAGAAAAGCCCCAACAUGUGGUUUCAGCAAGAGUUGACCCAGUGAUAAGCUUUGUUGAAGUAAGAGAUGAACAAAAUGAAAGCUUUGGGAAGAAAAUAAGAAAAGGAAGACCUUUGUCACCUAAUCCUGUGGAAGUUUGAGCUAGAAAGGUUAUAGCUAUUAGAUUAAUUUCAAGUGCCAAAGCUUAUUACUCCCUUUCAUCAUGCUCCACCACUUGCUCGCCGAUCAAACACUCGGACUUAUACUGUAUUGCUCCUUUCAGACGAGGCCUGCAUUCGCAAAACGGAAGUGGGAAAGAUUUUGUCACCAUUUACAAUCAGCAGGUCGCCUUCCAUAGAAAAUUUAAUGUCGAAUUUACUGGUAAUCUGGAGACUAAAUGUAACUCCAAGCUCAGGAUGCAACUCUUGUUAUCGCGUUGGAAAACUUUUCCGAACCUUUCUAACUACAUUCCCAUUUCUCCAUGAUAAACCUUGCCUCUCAGCUAAGCUUUGACUGAUCUAGCUCAGCAUCACAGUUCUGCCUGUGCCAAUAAGUCUUACCAGAUACACAUAUAGGACGCCUUCAAUUCCCCUAGUGUCUUUGGAUAACCUGUUACAGUGAUUUAAGAGGUCGGGUUGACUCUUCACGCGAUUUUAAUGUAUAAGCUAGAAAGCAUAAUUUAGAUAUAAAACAGCUAACCGGCAGAUCUCCAGUCAAACCAGUUCCACCUAUCAACGCUUAG